AUGAAAUUAUUCUUCAAGUUUAAUUCUUAAGUUUUUGAAGAUAGAUUCUUAUUGAUUAUAUUGUCUUUAAAUUCAUUUGAUGCAUUUUUACUAGUGAUCAAAAAAUAUCUAUAAGAAUUCAUCAAAAUUCAUGUAUAUUUAUAUCAAAAAUAACAAUAGACAAAAUCUUUUUUCUCAAUGUUAGAUGAGGAUUGUGUAUAUUUGUCAUAAAAUGAAAUUUCAUCUUAGAAUCACAAUGAAAUUUCAAAAAACUCCUACUAGAAAUUAAAAGAUUUGGUGCCACCUUAGGGGAAGGUGCAAAAAUUGAAGAGGAAUUAUAAAUCAAAGCUUUGGAACGAGACGAACACUGAAUUGUUAUAUAGGUUAAAUGCUAUUUUCUCUGGAAGCAUUGACAUGAUAUAUAAUUAUUUCAAAAAUCAUGUCGACAUUAAUAUUACAUUGAAAAAGAUAAAAUAAAAAUACAAGUAAGAAUAGAGAAAUAACCCUGACAAAUUGUUCGAUAAACGCAAGAAACCAAAAUUAACAGAAAAACAUUAAAGAAAAUUAGAAUAAGUGGCGAAAAUGCAAACCUUAAAUUUAGUUCCAAGAUGGAGCCAAGUAUCCGAGAUUGAUAAAGAUUAAAUCUAAGGAGAAAAUCAAUAGGACACUGAAAUUUAAUAAAACAUAUUUAAUGAGAUAAACCAAUUAAUGAAAACAAAUAGAUUAAGAUAAGUUUAAUAAAGAAGUCAAUAAUAAUCAAAUUGA